AUGUUUACACCAGCUGGCUACGGGAGUGAAGCAGUCGACCUAUUCGACAUUACUGGUCUUAUAGCUGCUUGCAAAUUUGGGCUGCUACCCAUUGCGCAAGAAUAUGCCUCCGAUGAUUCUAUUUGCAUAUCAGCCAACGAAUCUACAAAUGCUCUGGACUUAGCAGCUCGUUUUGGACAUGCUGAUGUUGUCAAAUGGCUGCUUUCUAGAAACACGCUAUCGCCGCGAGCUAUCCAUCUAGCAUCUAUAGGAGGUCAUGUGGAUGUAAUAAAAGAGCUGAUUCAAAAGGAUUCUCAAGUGGACCAUGUUGAUGAUAAAGGCUAUACACCACUUCUUCACGCAGCCAGAUUGGGCCAUUUAGAGGCGUUGCGCUUUCUUCUUCAAAACGGGGCUUCGGCCGCAAAAAAGUCCCAAGACAAUUCAACAGCGCUGCAUUUCUCUUCACGAAUUGGGCACUUGAGUGCUGUAAAAGAGCUCGCGGACCGGUGUUAUUGGGGAUGUGUGGAUAAAGAAGGGUACACUGCCUUACAUAGGGCUGCUGCCGGCGGGUUUUUCGAGGUGGUAGCGUACCUUUACCCACGAUACGAGGAUAUUCAGAAGAUUUCGUGCAUCACCAGCAAUCGCGACACAAUCCUCCAUCUUGCUGUUGUCAGUGGCAGUUAUACGACAUGCCGUUUUCUAUUGGGAAAAAAUGACGCCGCAGCUUUGAUCAAUAUGACAAAUAAGCAGAGAAAGACUCCACUUCAUCUUGCUGCGGAGUAUGGCUACUUGGACAUAAUGAGAUCUAUUUUGGACAAUGUCGAUAAUGGGCCUGAUCUGAGAGACAGCGCUUUCGAGAUAUUGGGUCCAUUAGGUCAUAUCAACAUUGUGAACAAGCUUUUGAACGCUUCGGUUGCUGUCUCAAAGCCAGAUGACCAGGAACAUACACCACUGCAGUUGGCAGCUAUAUUUGGCCGUUCGGAUAUUGUUGAGAGAAUAUCGGCAUCAGCGUCUCAACAAGAUCAACAAUCAGCACUGCUGCUGGCAUUACAAACUGGCGACUCUAGAGUCGUUCGAAGUUUAAUUCGAACUGACACUCCUCUCACCAGAACCAAAUCUGGCAAGUCACCUGUUCACUUGGCCGUUGAGUCCGGUAAUAUUCAUGUUUUCCAGGAGCUACUCGAGGCUGAAGAAGCACGUCUUAUAUUCCAAGGAGAACAAGAAAACUUGAUUAAUAUCGCAGCAGAAAGAGGCCAGGUUCCCUUUCUCAAUCAUAGCUUAAGCGGAACCAAAGUAGUAGAGGCUCUGCUCAACAACGGUCUUUCAUGGGACAUUGAGGAUGCUGAAAAACAUCAGCCCUUACAAAUUGCUGCGAAAUACGGAAGCAGAGAAACUUUUGGGCUUCUGAUUCAAGCCGGAGCUGCAAUUGACAGCAUAGUGUCUUCUGGAGGUACACCGCUCUUGAUCGCUAUUCGGGCAGAGAACAGGUCGGCAUGUGAAUCGCUCCUGGAACUCAGCGCAAAUCCAGAUAUCGCCGACGACGAUGGCCUGACGCCACUUUUUCUCGCUUGCGAACUUGGUGGAUACGAAUUUGUGAAACUACUGCUUCAGUAUAGUGCAGAUAUCGGCGUCGUCAAUUCAAGUGGCCAGACAGCCCUUCACACGUCAGUGAGGAGCCCAGAAAUGAUGAGUAUUCUAUUGGGAAAAGAUCAAGGAAAGCAUUAUAAAAAUGCCGCAGAUGCUCGACAUCAAACGCCACUUCUAUUAGCUGCUGUAUCAGGAAUUAAUAGGACACUAGGCUAUCUUCUAGACGCCAAUGCUGAUUUGCAUCAAACCAAUGAAGUUGGUCAUACAGCAUUACAUCUUGCUGUUGUAGGGGGCCAUCUAGAGACAAUCAAGCUUCUCAUUGAGAGGGACGCCGACUGUAACAGAAAGGCCAAUGGUGGACUGCUUUGUUUACACUUGGCAGCCAAUAGGUGUUACUAUGAUGCACUUGAAUACCUACUGCCGCUCACGGAAAAUAUCAAUGCCUUGGACAGCAGAUUGGGCACCCCUUUAGCGGCAACUAGUGCAACACACGAUCAAAGCAUUCGAUGUGCUAAGUUUUUAUUACUCAAAGGCGCACAUAUAAAUUGCUUUGGAGGUACACUACACUCGCCUCUACAGGCCGCCGUUUGGUACGAGAAUCUUGAGCUGGUUCAACUACUACUGGAAAACGGUGCCGAAGUAAACGCAGUCGGGGGACGCUUCCAAUCAGCUUUGAAUGCAGCUAUCGAAUCUAGACACUUGGGUCUUGUUGAACUGUUGCUCAGUCACAAUGCCGACCCAAAUAUUAAAUACAACAACCGCUCUGCUCUUGAAAACGCUAUUUACAGUGGAAAUUUGCAAAUUGUAGAGACUUUACUAAACGCAAUUACGGACCUAGAUAGUCAAAUAUCUGAUAAAGGCCAGGCUGCGUUCCGACUGGCCGUCAGAAUGGACAAACUCGAGCUUGUUAAGCUGAUGAUAAAGAAGGGCGUCAAUGUCCAAGGCGAUCAAUCAGAUGAAUCUUCAUUAUUGUAUAUCAUCAGCUCGUACAGCAAUUGUGUUUUGGAUUAUUUCCUUCACGAUGGCCGUGAGUAUAUUGACAUCAAUGAACAGGAUAUAGAUGGACAGACUGCCCUUGACUAUGCUAUACUGGCAGGUAUCGACGUCGUCAAAGAGCUAUUAGAUGCCGGUGCUGAUCCAAAUGUUCAAGAUAAAUACGGGAACACAGCGCUUAUACAUGCUCUCAAAGAAAGAAUUCAUGCUGUCGGCGAGUUACUUGCAUAUGAGGAUCGGAAGGGUCGAAUACCUUUACGAUAUGACUUGGUAGACAAUAUCGGCAGGGGGCCGCUGUAUUGGGCAUGCUACUACGGGCACAAUCAUUGCUUCGACCAUGUAAUGUUGAAACUUUCUACAUUGCAACCUAACAAUUGGGAAAACCAAGAAUACUUUUUUGCCUCAGCAAUCCACGUAGCAGCUGCAAGAAAUAGGCAAAUAAUGCUACGAAAAUUAAUCGAAUGUGAGAUUGAUGUCACUCGGCCCGACAGAAAUAACUGGACUCCUAUGCACACCGCCCAGGCCUAUUGUUACGAAGAGAUUUAG